AUGACAAAGAAAGACAAUACACCUGCAAAGAAACGCAAGGCCGAACGUAAGAAGAUGGAGAGAGAAACCGCUAGCGCUGCAGCAGCUACCGCUACCGCAAGAGCAACCGCUGCUGCUGCCGAUGCGUUUAACCGCACCGUAGCCGAAGCACGUGUCUCCGACAAUAAUAGUCAGGACAAUGCCUGGGAUAAGGAUGUAGCCACUCCUAUUAAGGGAACUAUUCCUACAGAUAGAGCCCGAGGGCCAACUAUUGCCUCAGCUUCGAAGCUUGCAUUUACGAAUCUAGGAAGUGAGACAAGGAACACGUCUCAAGACGCCCCAACCAAUUCUUCUGACGAAACUCAGAAAGAAAAGUUUCCAAUUUUGGGGGACAAAGACGAAUCUCAGAAGGUACCUAUACCGGAACCAGAACAGGAGGCAAGCUCAAGUGACAAACCCGAAUCUACGUCCGAGACCAAUGAACCAACGCUACUGAAAACACUGAUCUUAAGAAUCAAAGUGGUUAGAACGUCGACUGGCAAUUACGCCCGAAAGCGUAGGGACCUGAACACUACACCUGUGGCAGUUGAACCAGAUGUGCUCGGCGUAUCUAUUUCUUAUGAGGUACUACCAUCACAACUCCAGGCUAAUUAUUCGCCUGUUCUAACGCCCUGCCACGAGUCGCCCAUCCUUGAGGGUAUUAUAGAGCCAGAGGCAGGUAAAAAUACUCCGCCACUUUUACCCAACUGGAAUGACAAUCGUCGAAACCCAGUUAAGAUGAAUCACCCAAGAAAUAUAAUACCAACUACUAUCCAAGGAGCAGAUCACCGAAAGGCCUCGACUAUGGACUUUACAAGGGGUAAUAAACACUCCAGUAAACGUGUUAACGAUGUCGAAUUAAAUCGCCUCGAUCGCACCGUAUUACACCAGCCCGCAGAGGAUUUCCACUCUGACGAGGUGACCGAACUUAAUAAAUCGGUCGACGAUUACACCAUUAAGAUAGAAAUAGCCCAUGACGAGCACCGUGCUGAUGACGUAUCAUAUUUUGCUAUUAUGAUCGCGAUCAAGCAGAAGCGCAUCGAUCAGCUACUUCAGGCCCAACGUGGGCAAGACCACAGGUACAACCAGAAGUACAAGGGACAGAUCAGUCGACUUGAGUCAAAUUGGGAUGCCAACAGCAAGCAGGUCGAGUUUAUGAACAACCAUGACCUCGACACGCUAACCCGUACGCUUAAUGCGUUUCCGGUCGUGCUGGAGACGAAUGAUAUCGCUCCCCAGCAAUGGAUUUCUGCUUUAAUGCAAUCGUUUGACUCUACAGGAACAAGUUACUUGAUCCUGCAGCGACACCAGCAUGAGCUAGACACCUGUCGUGACUGGCCAGCUGUCAAAGUGGUGCUACACGGCUAUACAUACGACGAUGCCGCGGCCGAAGCCAAACGGUUGGAGAAAGAGGAGAGUCGUGUGUUCAUUCAUCCCUUCGACGAUCCCUAUGUCAUUGCGGGCCAAGGCACCAUAGGGUUAGAGAUCAUCAAACAGACCACCGCGAAGCCUCCUGAUGCCAUCUUCUGCUGUGUGGGUGGGGGUGGCCUUCUCAGCGGAAUCGCUGAAGUGAUCAAAACAGUCAAUCCAAACAUUAAAGUGUUUGGCGUGGAGGCAGAGGAUUCCGCCGCCAUGACCCUCUCGUUGGAUAAGGGUCGGCGGGAAGAGUUGUCAGACGUUGGCAUAUUCGCCGAUGGAGCGGCGGUGAAGCUAGUGGGAGAGAACACAUUCCGCAUAUGUGAUGAGUUAGUCGAUGGUAUGAUCACCGUGUCGACAGAUGAGAUCUGUGCCGCAAUCAAAGAUGGCUUCAAUGAAACGCGCACGGUCAUGGAGCCAGCGGGGGCAUUGGGUAUUGCAGGUGUCAAGAAGUUCAUCCAGUCUACAGGUGUUGAGGGAAAGGAUUUUGUCGUCGUGUGUAGCGGAUCCAAUACUAAUUUCGACCGCCUGCGCUUUGUGGCCGAACGCGCUAUUGAGAAUGAAACACUUUUGUGUGUACGCAUCCCCGAACAAAUUGGCAGUUUCCAGACCCUGUGUGAGAGUAUCGUCCCGCGCAAUAUCACCGAGUUUUCGUAUCGGUUUAACGAUCCCGCUGAGGCCUUCAUCAUGAUGAGUUUCCAGAGCCAAGGCCCAGAAGACGCCAAGCAGGUGCUGAAGGAUCUGCGCGUAAAUGGCAUGGAGGGCCGUGAUUUGACUAACGACGAAACCUCUAAGUUGCAUUUCCGAUAUCUGGCUGGCGGCAGAUCAUCAGCGCCAAAUGAAGUUCUGUACCGAUUCCAGUUCCCCGAAACACCUGGAGCACUGAUACGAUUCUUAAGGAACUUCAACGGAGUUAACAAGGGAUGGAAUAUCAGCAUGUUCCACUACCGUAACCUGGGUGCGGAUGUAGGACACAUUCUCGUGGGAAUGCAGAUACCUAAGGAGCAGCGCGCCAAAGACUUGGACUUAUUUCUGGAGGAGGUUGGCUUCAAUUACUACGAUGAAACCGACAAUCCUGUGUACAAGGAAUUCUUCCGCUCGUGAUCCAUGAAUGGGAAGAUGGUAGUGAGUGAUUUAUGUAUGGGAAGAUACCGGUGAGUGAUUAAUGAAUGAAAGGAUACUGGGGAAUGUCUUUAACCAAACCAUUCACCGUAGAACAGGAAGUUCUGUACUAGUGCACACAUGGCCUACUGAGUAUGCUUAUAUACUUGCAUGUAUCAAGUUGUACCUACUAAAGCUAAGGAGGGAGCCCGAUGAUACUUAUAGCACUCAGGCAAACGUCAGAGCUCUGUAGGGUUGUAGGUUUUUGUGGGUUUUGGGCAGGCCGCAAACCCUCAUGUCCACGUAAUAAGACCAAGCAUGGGGUAGGUAAAUAUACACGCACGUAUGCCAAUGGUAGCUGGCCACAUCCUUGUGAGCUCGUGAAGAAUAUUGGAGUAUCGCGUCCACAUACUGCAAUAUCAUUUAUAUACAUAUCUAUAUGUAUAUAUACAUAUCUAUAUGUAUAUA